AUCACCAUAAGACACCAGAAGACCAACUUGGCUUCUGCAGAUAAAACGCAAACGAGAUUUUUCUGUGAGAUUUUAUUUUAAUAGUUUGUGGAGUGAAACGCAGAUUUGUGGAAAAAUGAAAUCCAUGUUGGCAAUCGACGCGGCCGAGUACAACGCGGCUACAGACAGAAUCAGCAAUGCUCUGGCAACACUGAGAGACGAAAUGAAAUCUCUUCGCCAUCAGGACGUUACGCUCAUGCGCCAGUUCAUCACCAUGAACGAUACCAUCCGCAGUCUCAGCAAGGAUCAAAAGACAGAGCGGACGCGCAAGAAGCGCAUGCGCAACCGGACGCUGGUGGCUCCACCUGUCCUGCCGCAGACGACACUCGUGCGUCAGCAGAGCGUGCCGCGGUACUGUGACGUCAUACCGGAAGUGCGUGAGAGGACGUGGUCAUGCUCAAGCGACGAAUAUUCGGAGAGUUCCCAGGACGAAUCCUUGAGUGACAGCAUGACGUCAUUGGCGGAAGAAACUUCGUCCGAUGACGACGACAGAAUGUCGUCUGCGAUACCCGUCUUCCGACCCAGAGCGCUCGCGCGACAAAGAUCGAGGUCUGACGAGACGCAAACACAGUCUGAGCACGAGUCGUCUGCUGUUGAAAAAGUGCUGCGUCACAAUGUACAGUUGUGGAAAGGGCGGCAAUCCAAUGUAGACAGUGACUCUGUGUUCGAGGACAGCAUCUCGGAAUCAGACGAGAGUUUAUGAGACUUGUAUUGUUGUUGUUGUUAUGUUCAUUAAGUGUCAUUUUCGUUCAUCGACAAAUGAUAAUUGCAUAUAGUUAUCACGCUAAACAAUAGACAGAUUUCGUGUUUGAAUUAUUUCACAACAAGUCUUCAGGAAAACAUAUUUUCUUGUCUUUUUGUGACAUGAUUGGACUGGAAUAUUGGUAAUAUUCCCGGAACCUCUUUCAUUUACUCAUUUUGCAUUUAAACUAACUUCUGUAAAUGUUGUAUGACUGAAUGAGUGUGCUUGCAUUUUUGUUGUUUGUGUAUGUUGUAUUAACAAUGGUUACAAAUAGGCCACAGUAAAAUGAAUAAGUGUAAUAUUAACUAAAGAGUU